AUGGACCACAGCCACAGGGAGGUGGACACCUACAGAGACACCUGGGUCAGGUAUCUGGGAUAUGCCAAUGAGGUUGGUGAAGCAUUCCGUGCGCUGGUGCCCGUGGGGCUGGUGUGGGUGUCCUACGGAGUGUCAACUGCGUAUGUGACAGCUGAUGCUGCAGACAAGGGGAAGAAAGCAGCGGCUGCUCACGGAGAGAAACCGGGCAAAGUGGCGAGAAUUGGAGUUGCUGUGGUGGACACCUUUGUGUGGCAGGCACUGGCUUCAGUGAUCAUCCCCGGGUUCACCAUCAACCGUGUGUGUGCUGGUUCCCUCUGGCUGCUGGGUAGGACCACCAAGCUGCCUCUGCCCAUCCGCAAGUGGACAACAACGGCCAUCGGCCUGUCCACUAUUCCCAUCAUCAUCACGCCCAUUGACAGGUCAGUGGAUUUUCUGCUGGAUUGUACACUGAGGAAAUUGUAUGAGGCUCAUGACAAUACGGAUACAAAGAAAAGUUCUUGAAGACCUGUUGUGGGUGAGGGGUGCAUGAAAGCAAAAAAGAAAACACUAGGUCUUAAAUAAAGCAAUAAAUGCACUCCAAUCUUAGGAGUGCUAGCUUUUUUAAAAUGAGAAAAAAAAGCCAUAUUUUGAAGUGGAAAUGAUAUUAAACACUUUUUUU